UUGAAGAUGGCCGCGCCCAGGGCAGAAAAAACCCAGCAAACUAACAAGAAGGAAAUCUCCUUUUUAAGGGCAAAACAUAUCAAGUUUUUCUCACGAUGUCUGCAGAUUCUUCCACAAAGUUACACUUCCCUCGACACAAGCAGGUUGACUGUAUGCUUCUUUGCCCUGUCUGGCUUGGAUGUGAUUGAUUCUUUAGAUGUUGUUGAGAAAGAGAAACAAGACAUAAUUGAUUGGAUCUAUUCACUACAGGUUCUUCCAGACCCUAAUCACUAUGAGGAAAGCUCCAAACAUUGUGGAUUUAGAGGAUCUGCAACUUUAGGCACUCCAUACAACCCAUCCAUGAGCAUUCCAUCAGAGAGUCACCGCUAUGAUUGGGGUCACAUUGCAAUGACGUAUACGGGUCUGUCAAGUCUGCUCAUUCUUGGUGAUGACCUAAGUCGGGUCAACAAACCAGCUGUAGUGGCAGGCCUCAAGGCGCUUCAGUUGGAAGACGGAAGUUUUGCAGCAACUCUAAACGGAAGUGAGAAUGAUAUGCGGUUUAUCUACUGUGCCUGCUGCAUCAGCUCAAUACUCAAUAACUGGAAUGGAAUCGACACGAACAAAGCGGCCGAAUAUAUCCACAAGAGUUUGAGCUAUGAUUUUGGAUUGGGACAGGGUCCAGGCCAGGAGGGUCAUGGAGGUACAACAUUCUGUGCGGUAGCUUCCCUGGUUCUAAUGGGUAGAUUGGACUCCACGUUUAACAAGAGACAACAGGAGAGGAUAAAGUCCUGGUGCAUCAAGAGGCAACACUCAGGAUUCCAGGGCAGACCCAAUAAACCUGUGGAUACGUGUUAUUCAUUCUGGGUUGGCGCUACUCUAAAGCUGCUGAAUGCCUAUGAGUUUGUAGACUUUUCUUGCAAUCGAGGCUUCAUUCUGUCAACCCAAGAUGAUACUGUUGGAGGAUUUGCAAAGUGGACAGAUUACCAUCCAGAUGCUCUUCAUGCGUACUUCGGAGUGUGUGGCCUUUCACUGAUGGGAGAACCCAACAUUCUUCCUAUAAGUCCAUCUCUAAACAUCAGCCAAAGAGCGGCCGAUCAUCUCCAGGCAUUACACGACAGUUGGAACUCAGAGGUCACGUCAUGAUCAAAAUUUCAAGUCGUGCCACAAACUGAAGUAUGACUUAAAAAUCAUAACAUUUUGCAAAAUGUUUUUUUGUACAGUAAUUGAUGAAUUCAUUACUUUCAACAUUGCCUACAAGUUCCCCGACACUGAACCGUUUCAUAAUUACACUAAUUAGCAUGACUGAUAUCACUACAAUUUGCCAUUCUUCGUUUCCACGAAGUGACAUUUCACGAUGCCGAUUUAGCCGUUAAAACAUGGCACUAAGAUAGUGUAAAACAUGCGGAUUGUCUAGUGGUAGUAGGAAUUCUGCAUUAUCAUGAAGAGGCGUAUCUGUUGACCUAUUGCAAUUUAGAGUUUCACACGAAGACGCAUACGUGUACAUGUAAUUUUUGUAUGCAAUAGUUUUUACAUAGCACUCUGUGUCCAUGCCUCCUUUUGUUAGUUUUCACUUAGUGGCGUAUGUGUUUGUCGGCCAAAGUGUACAGGUCAAAAUGUCAAGAACAAAUUGGCUCAUCUCAAAGCCACCACUACUCAAAAAGAAACUCGUCAAAGUGGUGUUAAUGUCAGGUCGGUAGUAACUUUAUUUUAAAUACAUGUACGUGUAAUUUCACUUGUAAAAAAACCCCAAUACACACAAAAUACCCCACCACAAAACAAAUGAAUUGGUGCAAAAUAUGCAAUGAUGCCCCCCCUACUUUUAAAAACCAAGGAAAAGACCAAAUUUUUUAAAUUGAUGGUAUUAAAUGCGGGUAAAAUGUACCUCAAAGUUUCAUGUUCAUUCCAAACGUUUUGUUUCGUCAGUUUGUUUAGAAUUUUACAAGAACAAAGUGUUCUGCAAUUCUUGAACAUAGUCAUCGCAUUCGCAGGAAGUAUGAACUGGCCUUAAGCCGUUGUUGAACUCAUCAGAAAAAAAUACAUAAUUGUCAUGUAUAUAUAUAAAUAUGUUUUUUUUGUUGGAUGUUUUUAUGUUUUUAUGAUACAUAAUUUUAUUUGAUAGAAAAUUUGUCCAGUUUUACAAAAGGGCAACACCAGCCCCGGAUUUAUGUGUCUGUUGGUUUAAAAAUAAACACAAACAAAACAAAACAGGGCCUAAUUUCAUGGCUCUGUUUACCGUUGAAUUCUGCGCUUACGAUCACCAUUCUCCGCUUACUCGCUAGCGCCAAAUCACUAGGUUAUCUGUUUAAGCGUAGAAUUUCUAGUAUGGUGGAGUACGCACAUGCACAAACUUGCACAAAUCCAAACUUCCCUGCCAACCUGUGAAAUACGCUUGACAGAAGCACAGAUUUCCCUGCUUUCGCCAGCGCCGAUUCUUUGCUUACGGUAAGCAGAGCCUUGAAAUUGGGCCCUUCUUAGCUUACAUAAUUGCCUUCACUCACUCGUUAUUGAAAUGUUUUUGUUUGUACAAGUAUUUAACUCAAAUUUAAUGAUGUAUUUGUAGCGUUUAUUUGUUGUCUUCUUGAUUAAGUUGGCUGGACUUGACUCAAUAAAGACCGGUUGUUUAUUAAAAACUGAACAUUUUAAAAGAAAAAGUAUGCCUUAUGAUUCCAGGCCUUUGUUCUGUUGUUGUACAAACAAGGAUUACAAGAGGUCAAUGGGCAGCCACUAUUGUUUAUCACUGUAUCGACAUAUGGGAGGCAGGUUUGAGUUCUCAACAUACCAUGACCAAUUAUCGGCUGCGGCUUACAGCCAAGGGUUGCCGGAUCACAGUGAAGACAUACCAUACAUUCUUGAAAAAAAAUCAAAAUCCAGAUGCAUUUUAUGAGAGGGUUUGUCUUUAAACCUUGCUAAGUCAGGGUUUCAUUGUGACAAGCGAUAUUCUCAGAAACAGGCAUGUGAGUAACUAUCCAUGAAAAGAGGAAAAGAGAAAACCGGGCAAGAAAAAAA